AUGGUCGGAGCCCUGGAGCACCCGGUUGGAGGGGGCGCGAUGCGUUUGGUGUUUGCGUUCUUGCUCGACGUCUUGCAUUUUCGCACGACGCUCGUGGGAAGUUGUACCGAUCACGGAUUAAUGCACGCCGGAAAUCACAGCAUGGAAGACGUAAGCGUCACGCUCACUAGUACAACCGCGACGAGCACGAACACGGUCCAUCCUAGCGUAAAUGACGUGGACUGGUUCGCCGGUGUCGCCGAGGAGGACUGGCUAUAUUAUACGAGUGUCACCAAUGACGUCGAUUCCUUGUGGGCUGUUAUCGGGAGCUUUGUGCCACCACCACCUAGACCACCUUACGUGCCCGAGGAUGGCAUCGCUACCGACGGACUCACCACCUGCGACCUGUGUUCCUGGGCAUGGAAGAAUGACAGGCAUUCGUUCUCGUUGGACGGCACCCUCGAAGGUCGUGGAGAGUACGGAUGGGUGCUGACUCUAGUGAUAGUAUCCUUAGUAUCGGCUGGUAUCGGAGCGGUGGCGAUGAUGAUCUAUUCUCACUGUCGAAGGAUAGUGAACGGCGGUGGCAGAGCGAGUUGCUGCGGCGUCGGCGUGGAAGACUCGAGCGUACCCGAGGCCGGCGGGCCCACGGGGGCGGGUGGUACAGGCAGCGGGGUGGCCGUCAUACCCGAUCGGCCGCCUCUCGAAUUAGACAAAUUACCACCUUAUCACGACGUAGCGCCUAGCCCCGGGCACAACGUGUGGUCGUGGCUGGGUUCUCGGCGAGGCGGUGGCACCCCGGGAGUCGUCACGACGCCGCUCUCCCUUCCGCAGCACCGACGAGCGAUGAAUCUCCCAGUCGAGAAUCACUACACCCACAUGCAAACCGACGAGGCGCUGUACGCAGAACUGGACUCUCAGGCCGCGAGCUACGCGAGCGAUCUGCAGUUACAAAUGAGAGGAAGCUCGACGUACGGUACGACUUCCGGCGGCCAAGACGACGAAUAUCACGAAUUGGACGCUGCCAGAUUACAUCGUCAUUACGGGGGCAGCGAUGGUUCACUGCAGACUGACACACUUCGCACUCGACACAGCAAGAGGAUACAAGAGCCGGACUACGAGAUGUACGAGAACGGGCCGUCGACGCCGGUGCCGCCGGGUCAGCAUCAUCAUCACCACCAUCACCAUCACCACAAUCAUCAUCAUCAUCAGCAUCAGGAGCUGAGGAUCGCCGGCAGCAGGAACAGCGAACACCCCUCGUACCAGAACACGGCGUACACCGGAAGCGACGCCGAGCCGGACGGACCGACGCUGAGCAGCGCUCCCAGCAGCGCUUACUACAGCGAUCUCAGCUCGAAUUCGACGAACCAGCAGAUACCGGCGGCCGCCACGGUGUCGUCGUCCGCGAUGACGACGACAACGACGACGGCGGCGCCGACGACCAGCUUACACCUGAGUCCGCAGAACUUGGACGCGCCGCAGUACAGACUCGCGGCGAUCAACGAGAACACGGUGCCUUCGGACUAUAUUUAA